CGCCAGAAGUAUCCAUUCAGCCCUACCAAAGAUUUGGAGUGGCAGAAGAGGGCAUCGACUAGAAGGGAGAGGGUCUUGGGGACAUCCAAAGAGGGGGAUGGGGGACAUCACUGCUGGGAUGGCCUGUCCCCGAGCAAAGCAGGGUGUCACAGCUUGUCCCAUCUGUGUUGGAAUCACUAGGAAAAGACAGGAGGCUGGUGGCUGCCCUCUCACCUGGCCGCUGGGGACAGAGGCUCCUGGCAGGGCAGGGCUCAGCAUGGCACAGCACGGGUGUGACAGCAGGGGUGGCAGUGACAGCGGGGCCAGGGCAGUGAGUCACACCCCAUGCCUCCCUCCACCCUGGACUUUGCCUUGUGCGGAUGCUCAGAGCAAUAAAUCCCAGGCUUGGAGGCAGGAAUGGGGUAUUGAAGGGGGCACAGGGGUCCCGUCCCACGGGGCUGAGCUGUGCAGGGGGAGAGCGCGUGAGUGGGACUGGGAUGGGGAGUGGGAUCAGGAGUGGGAUGGGGAUGAGAGCAUGCCAGAGGCAGCGGGCAGGAGUGUGAGGAAGCGUCACACAGGCGGGCGGGACACGCAGGUGGCAGUGUGACGCUUGUGCACGGCGAGGACCUGCCGGGAGAAGGUCACCUGUGUGCCAGGACACCUGUGUGUGUGUCCCAGCCGCUGUCACUGCCGCAGCCCCAGCCCCGCGGCGGGCGGGCGCGGCGGGCAGGUGACAGCCGCACCCUGGACCGGGCGGGUGCUGCCCGCCUCCCUGUCCCCAUCCCUGUCCCCGCUGAGGCCACACGGGCUCCGUGGCCUCACCGGACACCCCCAUGCAGCGGGAGCGUGGGGGGCAGAGCCCAGGAGCCCCCGAAACUGAGGUCAAGGUUGUCGUCGUGGGGGAUGGCGGCUGCGGGAAGACGUCACUGCUGCUGUCCUUCGCCAGAGGGGACUUCCCCGAGGCCUAUAUCCCCACCGUGUUCGAGAGGUACACAGCAGCUCUCCAGGUUGCCGGCAAGCCUGUGAAGAUCCACCUGUGGGACACAGCAGGACAGGAAGAUUAUGACAGGCUUCGCCCUCUGUCCUACUCAGAUGCCAACGUUGUUCUCAUGUGCUUUGAUCUCACCGACUCCAACAGCUUUGACAACAUCCUGACGAAGUGGUACCCGGAGGUGAACCACUUCUGCAAGGGGGUCCCAGUGCUGCUGGUGGGCUGCAAGAAGGACCUGCGGCAGGACCAGGAGGCGCUGCAGAAGCUGAAGGACGGACGGAUGCAGCCCGUCUCCCGCCAGCAGGGAGAGGCCAUGGCCCGACAGGUCCGCGCCGAGUCCUACAUGGAAUGCUCGGCCAGGUACCAGGAUAACGUUGAGAACAUCUUCGUGACAGCCUGCAGUGCCGCCAUCAGCGCCGCCCGCCGCAGGCAGCGCAAGGCGAGGCCCAGGAGGGUCUGCGUGUUCCUCUGAGCCCCCUGGGAUCUCCUGCCGCCCCCGAGCUCCGACUGCACCCCUGCCUCUGCCGCCGGAAUGACGAGCCGGGGCUGGCACCGCUGGUCAACACGGCAGGAAAGCAUCCCUGGCACGGACUGUCAUGCCUGGAUCCCAGAGUCUGUCCCUUUCCUACCAGCCAUCCCAGCAUCCCGUCCCUGUCCCACCAGAGAACCGCAUGUGCUGUCCCACCGGGAAUCCCAGCAUCCUGUCCCCGCAUGGAUGCCAGCAUCCCCUGGCAGCCGGGCUCCAGGAGCAGAGAACUGAUCUGGGGGCUCCCCUUCCUGCUGGCAGGCCAGCGCCGGGGGGUGACACGAGGUGACUGCAGGGUGAUCUACCAUUAAAGUGACACAA